CCAAGGCAAGCACGCUGUCGUCGACCAGUGGCGUGUAGUGGAGUUUUGUAAAGGCAAUACGCGCGCUCGAAGUUUUAAGCUCAAUUUACACAGAGGCUGGCGCGCAACGCUCGCGCAAAUAAACAAACAACUAGCAUCCGCGUGGUUAAGGUCGUACGCGGGUUGUUUUGUUUCCUCCGCGUGACAGUUUUUGUAUACUUUUUGCAGUGCUGUGUUUUUUAGUUGUUUUUGUUGUAAAGCAAGCAAUUGUCCUAGUGGUGGACAAAUGCGUCGGUGUACGUUAACUGGAGCUGUAUCAAAAAUUUCGUUCGAUUGACGAUUGAUUGUAACACAGUUUACUAUCAAAUGACAGGGAAAGUGGUGGCAGUGAUUUGAAAAGUGAUACAACAACCCAUCACCACGACCUCAGAUUUGCAGAUGAAAUCUGACUGUUUUCGGCCGGUGUGGAUUUAGUGAGUGUUUUUAACUGCGCGGGGAAAGAAGCCGGCAAAGGCAAACUUUCACAAAUCGGCCAACCGUUUUCGGUUUGAUAUGAAUAAUUAAUUUCCCGCCAGUUGUUUUGCGCCAACACGCACGCACACAUGAUAGGGUGGUGCGCUUUGAUGUGAUUCUUGUUGAAAAGGGAGUGUAAAAAAGUAGGGAAGCGUGAACCCCCUUUUUGUCAACGAAAAACUACGCAACAAGUGUGUUCUGAAGGGAUAACGCAAAAGGCCGCCAACAUAAACCAAACAGUAAUCAGCAACCGUCUGGAUUGAAUUUGUGUACGUGUGUUUGUGUAUGGUUGCGGUGUGCAAGAAAGGUUCAGAAAGGCUUGCCAUGUGAGAGCGAAGUUUUUACUUUCGUUCGGAAUCGCUCACCAUCCGCGGGUGACUUUUAGUUUCGUUCCGAUGCUAAUGGUGUCCGGUUUGCUGUGCCGUCGCAGACCGGGACAGGAGCAGUAAAUGGUCUCCUUAACGAUGGUGCAGGUGCUUGGCGAUUGUGUCGAUUCUGUCUAACCAGUGUCGGUGGUUUCACCCUUUGUGUGAGAGUGUGUGUGUGUGUAGUUUGACAAAACGAACCGAGGAGAAGCAUAAACACACUUUAACCUCACCCAAAAAAAAAAAAAAAACCAACAGUCCCCUUCAGCUGGAGACAGUGAAAACAACAAAGAAACCUUGUUCGAUCGAUAGCCGAUUUCGAGUGCGCCGAAGUCGUCGUCAUCUUCAGGUGGAACCGGUUUCCCUGGUGUAGUAAGGUGUAUGGAUAUAGAUAGCGAAACGCUCGCCCCCAAGGAGCAGACGUACAGGUGAUCUUAGACAGUUGCUUAAGAUCGUGAAAGAUGCGUUUGCUACCACCGCGUGACACGUACCAUCGCCAAGAACGUCCAAGUAGCUGCUGAUAUUGAUUUUGCACAGUACACACACGCACACACAUAGAGUACCAGCGGCAACAAAACGUGUGACCGCCAAAGUCGUCGCCGGUGCCCCCGUAGUGUGCAGGGGAAUUUAUCGAUUUUCUCGCGACGACCGUCCUGUUUGCCAGCUGUUGGUGCUCGCCCGGAUACACAGUCACGAACGCCACGUAACCCUGCAAAUCCGCGGCCACGGGUGACAGAAUCAGUUGGCAGAAUGUAUUUGGUACAGACUGUACAGACGGCAUCCCCGUGGAGGCCACAGUUACCGCUGCCAAAGGACAUAACGACUCAUGUGCAGCAGCAGCAGCGACAGCAAGCCAUGGAAAAGGCAACAACGACGGCACACAAAGCGAAGGACGCCAAGGACAAGAAGUGGUCGCUGGGCAGUCUGUUUCGCAAGAAGAAGAAGGACCUAGACACGGACUCGAGCUCGGAGGAGGACCGGAAGGCGGGCUUUGUGCCGGUCAAGAGCCAGGGCACGAUGAACGGCAAGCGCAAGAAGCGUUCGAGCAGGAUCGUGGGUGCUGGAUUCGAUCACAUUGUAAUCAAUCCACAACAGCAACAGCAGCAACAGCAGCAGCACAUAAUACCGCAUCAUCAGCACCAUCCACAGCAACAGAACCAGUACGGAUUCCGAGAAACUGACGGCGUAAACACAAUCGAACGAUACCCCGGGAAUGGAUCGCUCGAUCGACGGGGAAGAAAGACGGACCGGUCGAGCAGACAUUCAAAGGAGCGGCAGUCGUCGAGCGACGAGGAGUCGCACCGAUCGUCUUCCAUGUCGCGGUUCCGCAGUGACGACAGCUUGGGCAAUCAUAGUGCCGGUUCGCAUCGAAAGUCUCGUACGGCACGCACCGAGCGUUACCUGAAGCGUAUGUCCCGUGACGAUGGCGGUAGUCCGCAGGGCUCGGUCGUACCAGCACCUACCGUCAGUCGAUGGCACACGCAACCGAUUUCACCCAGUAUGCUGCACGGUGGUAGCGUUCAGUCAAUGGACGUUACCUACCGACGACACCAUCCGCACCAUCACCACACGCAUCACCAUCAUCAGCCGCAGCAGCAGCCGCUCCAGAUGACGCUGCGCAACUCGGCCAGCUUAACGAACGUUCCGCACCAUCUGUAUCAGUCGAGCUCGCCGAACUAUGCGCAUCAGCUGAACUACUCGACGGCACCGCCGUCCCACGGUACGGGUAACGCACCGGCAGCUGUAACGUACGAAAACAGCUUCUACAUACAGAGCAAGGCGAGCUCGAUGCGUGACGCUAUCCGCAGUCCACCGCCGAUUCCUCCCCGGGAUCCGCAGCGACGGCUCACGAUCGGUCACACCAACGAGGCACGGCCCGUGUCUUAUGCGUUCGAUCGAUUCCAUCAGGUGCCGGGCAGCGUUUGGCAAUCGAACGGCAAGUGUAACAGUGAGGAUCGCUUGUGGGGAUCGAUGCAGCCUGUGCAGCGUACUGCUACUAGUGCACACUCUGUAACACCACCAAGAGCUACCUCUGUACAGCCGGCUGAGGUGCAACUGCAGCAGCAGCAACAGCAACAACACAGACAGCGUUACAUAUCUCGACAGCAGCAACCACCAGUUACCACCAUCCAGCCACCGAGUACACCACCGUCCAGUGUGGCUUACCAUCACCAUCAGCAUCAUCAGCAUCAACAGCAGCAGCAGCAGCACCAUCAGCAGCAACCGAACUAUCAUGCGACACUGCCUGCCACACCACCGCAGCACUCGGUAGAGUAUCGGUACGUAACGGAUGUAACGCCUCGUUCACGCAAACCGAUCCAAAUACAAGAUCGCACCUUCGAACCGUACGAGCCGAAGCUAGCCGAUCCGGUGCCGACGGGCAGUGAGUCUUCCCUCGCCUACACCAGCACCCCCACACCGACCGGAGGAGGACGCGUUGGUUCGUCCUCCCGGUCGCUGCGUGCGGACAGUUCCGACUCGGUCGGUGGUGGAGGUGGUUCGCGCACUCCACAACAGUCCGCAUCCGCCUUCUGGCGUCGCAUUGAGGAGGAACAGCAAAAUGGGUCGGUGCAAUCGCGCCGUGGUCGUGCUACGGAACGUCGUCCAGGUGUGGCGGGAACGGCCAUUUCAUCUCGCUCCGUAUCGACAUCCCGAGCGCUGGAGAUCAUGAACCGUCGCAAUCAGGAGUUGACGCGCGAGCUUGACCAUCUGCUGGAUGAUAAGCAGAAUGGGAAGAAUGGUGAUGGGGAGAUGGAGAACAUUGUGAGCGGACGGUUGUAUCUGCGGCAGACCGGGGAGACAGGUGCUAACCGAGCGAAGUCGAACGAAAAGUUGUACGAGGUGAAGAUGAAAACGGCACCGGAGACAACGGUGGUGCCGAACAAGUACGAAGAACAUGUGGCAAAAACCGUUGCCCAAGGCGCUACUACGGUGCAUGGAACGCACGGCUAUAGGCGAUAUGGUGAAGAGCAGCAACAGCAACCUCCUGCUCCACCGAUGCGAACCAUUUCGAAGCGAAACUCCUGCUCGGAGGAAGAGUUAGCCCGGAAGCGAAAGUCGGCCAACCUGGAGGAGGCAAUCAACGAGCUGGAAGCGAUCUACAAGAGCCUCAAGCUCAGCGACGAAGAUCUGCUAGAGCGUGCGGAGCAACGAGAUCUUCCCACACCAACCGGGUUCAGCCAGCGAGCGCGUCAUUAUCGCUACGAUGCGGACGCGGACGAGGAACGUGCUAAGGCCGAGCCAGAUGUACAGCUAGAUGAUCUAAGCUACCGCAGCAUCAAGCGAGCAAACAGCUCGAUCAAAGCGCCAGAAACGCAGCCACCGUUCGGUAUUCCAGUCGGACCGAUACCACCCUCCCCGAACACGGACUAUCUGACGGUGCAAGCACCGGUGAAGCAGACCAAGCCACGCUUCCAACCGCAGCGAUCUCCGGAUCUCGUGGCAGACGAUCUCGCCUUCCGACAGCUGCGCAAGGACAAGGAUCUACUGGCAUGUAUCGAUCGCGCCGGCGUACGUCAUGCACCACCAUCGCAGAGCGGUAAUACUAGCAGUGGGUCGGACGACUCACGCCAGAAACGUUCGACCGGUUCGCUAUCGUCCAACAUCUACAGCCAGAUACAGCGCGAUGCGGCCAAACCUUCGGGUGGAAAUCUGGAGGACUACUACAAGAUAGAGCUGUACGCAAAGAGUCUACGGGAAGCGACAACCCCUGGUCGGGAGAUGGUGGCGCCGGCCCCGAAGUCGAAAGAUGCCUCACCGGCAAAGGAGAAGCCAGUUACCAUGCGUCCGAAGAGUGGCACGACACUGCCGAAGGAGAAUCGGGGCGCCGUGUUCAAUCUCCCUUCAACGCUGAAGUCAAGCUCGUCCGGAAGUCCACCCAAGAGCCCGGCAGCGACGGAGGGAAGCAGUGCUGGUUCGACACCUACUCCACGGCCGCGCUCUGGUACCGAGCCCGUCAUUGUGGGCGCAAAGCAUAAGGCCGAGUUUGAGGAGAUCCUGAACGCGAUCGCACUGGAGGCGCAGUCUACGAGCGAGAAGCUUGGGGCCGAUCUGGCCGAACUUCGCAAAGAAACACAGUCCGUGUCGAGUGGCACCAGCCCGGAGGUCAAGUCGUUUGGAGAGGCGCGUCCCAUUUCCAAGACGAUUGCACCCACAAAAAAGGAGGAGGUGGUGGUUGUAGCCGCCAGAGCUAUUGUGAAGUCACAGCGAAGUGAGACACCGAAGGAGCUGGCCGAGGUGGCGCAAGCGGCCAAGUACUGUGAGCGAAUGUUGCGUGACGUUAUUGAAGAGGCACCCAAGAAGGAGAUGCGAAAGGAAGCGUCUGCAUCGAGCAAGCUGUCGCCGAAGAAACGGGAGCAGAGUCCGAUCGAACGUGCUGCUCCAAAGACGAUCGUUCCAGAGCAGCCCACUAUCGUAGAACCAGCGCCAUCCAGCGAACCGUCAGUGUUGAGUGGGCUUAUAGAGCAGCUAACGCCGGCCGGUAGCUUCGAAGCGCUCAGCAAACGCUGCCAGGAGCAGCUCAGUGAGCUGGAAGCUGAGGAUGAGCAGCGAGAUGAGCGCGUUAAGUCAUCGAUCGAACGUGAUUACGAUAAUCUGGUCGAGAGUAUCGAACCGUUUGAGUCCGAUACGGAUAAAAAGUCCACAGAGGAAGAGAUCGACAUCAUCAUGAAGGAGUGUGGCAUUGAGCUUGAAUCCAACGCUGCCCAGAAAGUACCUGCCAGUGCGCAGACCGAGCUGAAGUCCUCGAGCGAGACCGAGCCUUGUCCAAAGUCCUCCUCCCAGAGCGUCGGUCCUAAGUCUGUCACAGCGAGCGAAACGUCCCAACAACGGGGCACCAGUACGUCCCCCUCUAGCGAGGGACGAACUAAAACGUCCCGCCCGUCGCCCCCGGUGUCCUCCGUGCGGCUAACACCGUCCGACACGGAGUCGCAGUACAACUCGUCCGAAGAGCUCGCCAUGAUCUUCGGCAUCAAGAGCCCAACACCGACAGAAAAUAAACCGUUCGUGAAUAGUGCUAUCCACGAGUUGGAGAAGAAGCUCUCAUCCGCCACUGCCAAACUAAGCUGCCAACAGCAAUCGGAAACUAAUUAUCAGCAACCGCCUCAUCAUCAUCAUCACCAUCAACAGUUCACUGCAUCGUCGUAUCCACCCGUUCAUCAACCGUAUCAGGGGCACCACCACUACGCUCCUCCGCCCCCUCAUCAACCGUUCUACGAGGAGGAACCAACCCAUCGGGUAGAGGAGAGCAAAUUUCACCUCAACCUGCCGCAACAGCAAGCGCCUACGUCGUCCAACGAAAGCUCCGGUCUGCACGCAAUCUUGCAAGUGAUACGCGCUGAACAACAACAACAACAGCAACAGCAGCAGCAGCAAGAAAAGCAACACCAGUCCCGCAAGGAGCCGAGCGUUUCGAAACAUUGUGAUCUCUACAUCGCUACUGCCAGCACAGCCAGCAGCCCACCGCAGGGUCGCGCAUAUCAAGCACCGAACCACCAAACGACGCUACCACCGGUUAGCAGCAGCAGCAACAGUACUUCCUCGGUCCAGCCACCCAAGUUCAGUGCGGUAAACUUCCGGCGCGUCCAGCGGCAUCCGCCCGUCUCGUAUCCGAAGCGACCGCUCGUCACGCAACGCUCCCUGGGCUCACCGCCCUCGGUGAACGUCGGCUCGAGCUACUCACCGUCCGGUGCGGCGGGCAGCAGCAUCGCCUUUGCCGCUGCUGCAUCGUCGAUCGCAAACGGACAGCAGCAGCAGCAUCAACCGCGUCGUCGCCAGCACGGCUCACGGAGGCAUGAGGCCUUCGUCAAGACGCGCUCGAAAACCAUAUCGGACUUUUUCGGGCCCGAGUCGACCCCGGUCAGCCGACUGCUGAACAUAAUAUGUCAAGAGAAGGAGGCGGAAAGGGUAGCAGCGCACAUCAUGAACCAGCAGCAGCAGCAGUCGAACUCCUCCAGCAGGCCGGCGGUCGCGGCCAAGCCGUCCGCGAGCGCCCCAUCUAGUCACGGUACGGCCAGGGCCCAUCCGGUCCGGCCGACGCCAGCGAGCAGCGGGCCGUCGGUCGCGGUGCGCUCGCGCAAGGAAAACAUUGUGCCGAGCGUGGCCGUCCACUCCGGGUCGGACACGGGCAGCGGCAGCAGCAGCAGUGCGGGCGUCGCGCCCGUCCUCGUCGAUCCCGCGUUCGCCGCCAAGGAUAUAGAUAGGAUAGCGAAAUACAAAGCCGAUAGACGUAAAGCCAUUUACUUAAGAAACAAUGUCCACGAGAACGAAAAUGAAAGACUGGAACCUAGCAAAAGAUCAUCAUCUAGAACACCGAAUACUCUUCCAUCAAGUGCAAUUCUUAGCAAACAGCAGCAGUCAUCGUUACCACCCUCAUUCAAACCGACCACUACCACGAAGCGUCCCCAUUCGGCCGGGCUCACCGCUUCCUCCACGAAAGCGGCCGGCAACAACGGCACUACUACUACUACUACCCGACCGGUUCCGACCCGCCCGGUAGCAACCGGUGCACGGGAACGCAGCGCCAGCAGUGGCCACAAUCGAUCCGGAGAUGAGAAGCAAAGCAGUAGCUCGAACGCCGGCGCCGGCGUCACGAAACAGAUACGAACGACACGAUCGUCUCGUUUGCGUGCUGCGGCCGCUCACGGUAUGGAACCACCGUCAGCUCUCGCAAGUGCUGCAAAAUCUGCCACGGGAUCGAUGUCACUGUCCACGAUCGGAGGCGCUGCCGGAGAAGACCCUCCACGUGCCUCUCAGCAACAGCAGCAGCCACAGCUGGAACGAUCCCAGCGUGCCGUGUUUCAUCGCGCGCCGGCAGUGACGGGAUCCGCUUCCGCUAACCCACUACCAGCAUCAGCCUCCACCCGCACGGUGUCAACGGUCACGCGCACGACACUAUCGAAACAUUCCACCAGCAAUGUAACGGCUACUAGAAUGACCAGCAAGCCCUUGCCAGCAGCAACCACCAAGCGAGAGCCAGUGGCGAAGAAGGUUGCAGCCGGCCCGCUCCCGGCGGGAGGCGAGAUUGGCCGCCGACUGGUGCCGUCGAUUGCCGUCAACAUGAAACAGAGACUGAAGACGACGACCGAAACGAUAAAGGGCGAGCGCGUAGCGAAGGUAAAGAGUGAUGCACCUGCCGCUACUAUAACCACCGCCUCUUCUUCAUCCGCUGCCAAGCGUGUUCCCCUUGCCGCCGCCAAGACGCGUAACGCUGUAGUAGUGCAGGCGGUGGAAACACCUUCCGGAAUGGUGCCGCCGGUGGAGGACGAGCGCACGCUAAUAACCGAUCGUAUGCAGUCGCUUAUGCUUCUUGACGGUGUGACGGAGCAGCAGCAGCAGCAGCAGCAGGAUAAGCCACCGGGCGGUGUGGUGGCUGGGUUUUUUGAGCGGCCAGAACCGGACACAGCCGGCGGUACACCGCGCCUGCGAACGUCCACGAUGAAACGAUCGCACGCGGCCCGAUCGCAGGCCCUGCCGAAGGACAUAAGCGGGCUGAGCCCGGUCAAGGGGGUGGUGCCGGGGCCGGUAGAGGUGGUGCCGUCGCCGCCGAAGGAUAAGUCGGCCAAGCGUAAAUCGUUUCUCAAUCGCUCGCAGACAGACGAACCGACCGGUGGCGCAAGAACCACCACGAGCUCAGCGUCCGCGGGUCGAUACCAGCGUCGGCUAAAGAUGCCCCACAGCAGCCCGGACAUGUACUCGUCCAGCAAUCGCUCCUCGCCGGUCAAGUCAUCGUCCUCGACGGAGAAAUCUCCCACCAACUCACCGCGGCCGCCGAGCUCCUCGAACCGGUCGAGCCCGAAACACGGCGGUUCGCCCGAAACGAUCUCGAAGGCUGGAUCGAGCUCACCGCCUGCACGCAUCUGUUCGCGGCUGUCGGGCCAUUCGAGCGGUGGUACGGUCAACAACAGCCCAUCGCCUUGCUCGCCGCCAGCACGCAGCCCAUCGCUGGCCUACCACAUGGAACAGGCCCGCCGGGAGCUUGUGAUUUCGCCGCCCCGAACGAACCGCUUGCUGAAGAUUGUGACCGAGUCGGCGGGCGCGCCCUUGGAGGAGCCCAAGCCGAAGGAAAUUGAACCAUCGUUUGAGGCGCUUUCGAUCCGUGACGCGGAGGAGAGCGUGUCCGGUGACGUGCAGAUGGAGGUAGAACCGGCGGAAGUGGUCGCGGCAGUGGUCGCGGAGGACCUUGAGGAUGAAAUAUCGGAGGAACAGUCGUCCUCGAUAGGGCAAUAUUCUAAAUUUAGUCAAAUUUUAAAAUCACCCACACUAGAGGUAGCAACAAUUAGUGAUAUGUUGGGUGAUUUAGCAGUGGCGGACGAUAACAGUGUCGAGCUAGAGCCGCCCGAAAGGAUGGAGGUGGAUGAGGAGGCAGAGAUGCAAGUGCCAUCGAGCGCGGAACGGCGACAGGAGCCGGUGGAAGAAAUGGAAGCCGGGCCUUCUGGGCUGUGUGCGGCAAUGAACGGUGUGGCGUACCACGACGACGAUGAGGACGAAGUUGAAGAGGAAGCACCCUUACAGCCGGUCGUGGUGGAACCACCCUCCUCCAGGGGGUACGUCGCGGUGGUGGACGUUGGUGAAGACGACGAUCUGCAGCAGGAGCAGGAGAUGCGACCCGCCAAUCGGAUCUUGUUCGACAAUCAGUUCAACGACGAGUUUGUCGUCAUCGAGAACAGUCCAAAGAGUCAGCUGAUCCAGUCGCUCGACGAAGCCGACAUCAUCGUGCUGCGCGACAACGAUGGCGGAGAGGAGGAGUACGGCGAUCGGCCACCUUCCCGCCCAUCGAGCGGCGGCUACCUGGAGAAGAAGAAAAAGCUCGUCAAGAUGAGCUCGGUGGAGCACUUUGAGCGCAAAAGCUUGUCGCCGCAGCGCGUCGGCAAGCUCAGCACGUCCUCGUCCUGCAUCUCGCGGGCGAAGAGCAUGGACGAGAGCGGUGCUGGGCUCGGCGGGGGCGGCAGCUCGUCGUCGGCCGGGCCGGCCAGCUCCUCCGGCACCUCGGCCAACCACAUCGUGUCGAUACUGAAGCGCAAAACGGCGGUUGAAUCGUCCACGGCGGCCAGUUCCGCGUCGAGCAAUGCGUCGCCGGUGACGUUCUCGCCGAGCGUCGUCGACACACCGAUACGGUCGAACCGCAAGCAGGGCAUACUGAAGAAGCGCUGCUCGCUGGACGAGAGCCGCUACAGCCGCAGCCAUUCGCCGGACGACCGGUCGAUACUGGUGAAGCACACGCGGCGCAACAGCUUUGAGGACGGGGCGAGCUCCAACCAGCAGCAGCAGGCGCACGGUAUACUGAAGCAGAAGAGCUACGAAUCGCGCGAGGAUGUGUCCGGUGCGGCGGCGAGCGGUGGCACCAGCCGCAACUCGAUCGCUAGCGGAUCGGGCAGCGGUGUCAGUACGGGGCCGGGGGCCAACGGUAGCAUAUCGCACGGCAUUUUGAAGAAGAAAAACGACAGCUCGUCUACGUCGACGCCGAGCGAACCGCCGAAGCAUGUGUCGAUCUCGCAGGCGGUUAUACUGGCGGCGGCUGAAAUCUGUCAGGACAUGCUGCUGGUGGACCAAGACGAGGCGUACGACAUUAAGCCGAUCCUGAAACCGGACCACCAGGCGCCGGUCACGCCGAAACCGAUACUGAAGAAGAAGUACUCGUCGGAGAAUGAGGAGAUACGGCCGAUACUGAAGAGUUCGCGCAAGAGCUCGCGCGAGGAGACGUCCGACUCGGAGGAGAUGAAGCGAUCGAUACUGAAGAUCGACUCACCGGCCAAACGGACGCGAUGCAUCGUCGAGCAGCCUGCUGCUAGUGGUGGUAGUAAUGGUGAUUUGUUGCUGGGUAGCUUGGGUAGUGCCAGUUCGUCGGAAGCGGGAACGCCGGGCGCUUUGUCGCUGGUGCACAGCCGUUCACUGGAGCAUCCGGACUCGGUGGCUCCGGCGCCGAUAGUGCCGCAGGUAACAAACAUCGAAAAGCCUAUCAUUUCGGUUGCAGAGCGCAUCAGAAACAUGGAGAUGUUCCUAUCGGGAGGCAGCAGUGGUGGUGCUCAGUCUGCGUCGACGUCGGCAGCUGUUAGUAGUUCGACGGGCAGCGCCAUCAGCAGACGUGAAUCGUUCCGGUACAAAACACAACCGGUUACUUCAACAGAGAUCAACAGUGCCCAGCAGCAGCAGCAGCAGCAACAGGUAUCGCCGUGCGGUUCAAGAUCCUCCCCAGAGUGUGUGGUAGAAGCUUCUGACCGGUCCGGCGGACACGAUGUUGAUCGUAGUGCAUCAGAAGAGCAGCAGCAGCACAGCACCGGUGGUGAUUGUGGCGUAAACGCAGUCGGUAACGCAGCUGCUGGACAGCUCGAGGAUACGCCGGCGGCGGAACCAGAGUUGCGUAGAGUUGCGCCAGAGCACAGCUGCUUGCGCAGCUCGCUGGAGCUGCUGAUUCAGCGCAGCGCUUCGGUUGAUCGACCCGCCCCGCCAGUGUCAUUUGCGCUGCCGUCCGACAGUUGCGGCAUUAGUGGCUGCUUGCCGGAGGAGCCGAAACCAUCGUCCUCGUCGUUUGAGCUGCUGUCGCCCACGCUCGGCACCGCCGAAUCGAACUCGCACUCCAUUAUCAGCGGCGAGUUCAAUCUCGCCUCGCUCAGCUCCGACUCGGGCGUCCAGUUUGGGGGUGGCCGGGGCGGCACGGAGGAACUGUCCGGCACCACCGACUACGUGCUGUCGUCCUCGGUGAAGACGAGCGACAGCGAAAAGUCCCCGUCGAAGAAAACGAUCGACGACGACGACGACGACGGAGAGGAGGAGCUGCUGAAUGCGGACGAGGAACAGCUGCUGGUAGUGCGCGUCGGGGAAGAGGAGUCGGACGAAGAGGAGCACCCGGUACCGGGGCGGCGUAAAGGAGGCUUGGCGGCAGCGCUACUCCUGUCACCGACCUCUUCCUGCUCAUCAUCGCACGACGGUGGAGUUGGAGUCGGUGCCCGUUUGCUGAGACCGUGCAGCAGCAAUAGUAGUGCGAGCAGCGAGAGCAGCAAGCAGGGUGGAGUAGGAGGUAAGGUUUGUGGCGUCGCUGGAGCUAGCUCGCCGGGCAGUAGUACGCCUUCCUCGUCGCCGCACAGUGGCAGUAGCAGUGAUCUAAGCGAUCGCGAAUCGGCCUCGACGGCGGCUGGAGCGGACGCCGACAGAAUGUUCGGGGGCUGUGUGGGCUUUGGCCGGAGCAGUGGCGGCGGCGGCGCUGGUGGGACCAGCAGUGGAGGGGAGGACGGCACUGACAAGGGAUUGCUGCGACGGUCCAGCAGUGUCCGGGCGAAGGCGAGCAUGUUCGCGCAGUUGGAAAGCAAGCUGAAGGAGAACGAAAACCCACUACUCAACCGGCCGAUCGGCGCCCGUCCGAGGCGAGCUCAAUUCACAACGCAGACGAUCUCGCCAACCGACAUCGAGCGAAGCAAUAACGCCAUCAAUAGUGGCCUCACCAGCGGCCAGUACCGCACGCCGCCACCGUCAACCACCGGCAACACUACGGGUCUUCAUCAACCGUCGGCCCACCAACCGAUCAUGAACACGAUACCAACGAACAACAACAACAACAUCGUCUCGGAUGACUCUGGCGCCGAGUUUGAGCAAAUGAGUCCCCGCAAACCGCCGACGGCGUACCUGCCGCCGAACGCCCAGAAGCUCCCGUUCAUGGCGGAGCUGAAGGGCGGCAUCCUCAAGUCAAAGUCCGGCUGCGUCGGGCUGUUUCCGGCCGACCUGAACUCGGAGCUAAAGUCGCGCCUGAAAAAGUCCACCCACUCGGCGGUGAGCAACCUGAAGAAGUCGACCACCGUGUCCAGCAUCGAGGCGGCGGCACCAACCGCACCGGCGGUUCGAUCGUCCUCCGAGUCGGAGGAGGAGGAGGAUGACGACGACGAGGACGGUGUGGCGCCGGGCAAGAAUCUCGCCAAGAUGCUGCGCAACGUGUCGAACACGGCCAACAACAGUGGAGCAUCGCAGCCACCGCCACCGUCGUACAUACCGCUGCCGAUUCCGGCCUUCCCGCGCACGUUCGCGGGCAGUGAUGCCGAUGGCGGUAACGCCCUCAACCGGGAGCUGCUGUCGAUCAACAAGAAUCCGGCCGUCGCCAGGCGCCGUCGUCAGAAUGAAGGCUACAAGCAGCAACAGUUGAUUAAAAGCAAAAGCCAAUCCGAGCUUGCCACCUUCAUACCGGCGUCGGCCAUCAUCUACCACAAUACGGCCAGCAACGGCAGUGCAUCACCGGCGGCACCAUCAGCACUAACGCACGGCGGCAGCAGUAAUGCAUUCGGUCUCGGUGGCAUUGCUGCACCAUCGACCACAGCCCUAACUGCCGCCUCAGCCCCUCACGGCUUCUACCCCGAGCAGAACAACAAUAAUAAUCAUCAUAGCAGCUUCGGACACGGUUCCGGACAGCAGCAGCAGAGGACGGAGGACGACUUCAGCUUCCCAGCGUUCGGUGCACUGCGCCGCUGCCUGACAGAGGAGAUGCGCCCCGACCAGGACGGUUCGAUGGUGAAGAGCGUGUCGAUAGCGGAGCGGCUGGCGGCACUGAAGAAGAGCGGCGAGGACGAUUGGCGCAAGCGCGUCUCCAAGAAGGAUGUGCCCGACGACGUGCGGCGGGAAAAUCUGGUCAAUAAUGCACUCAUCGUUGCCAAGUCCCACGAAAGCCCAGUGAAAAACAACUCACCACGACCGUUCAGUCGGCCGGCGGACCUGGAGGGUGGAAACAUUUCCGAUCGGUUGGGCAAGAUCAAGACGUCGUCGGAAAAUUGGAAAAAUCGUGUCGAACUCUCCGAUGCGACCAACUUCACCGUUGCGGGCCGGCUGCCCGCAACCAAAUCGCCCAAGCUACCGUUCAUCAAGUCGGACACGAAGCAAUCGCCCGCGAUGAAUGUGUUCCGCAGCGUUAACCCACCGCAGCUCGGCCUGUCCAAGAGUCCCUCGAUGAUGGUGUCCUCGGUGGUCACUUCCUCGACCGUUUACGGACAGCAACCACAGACGGCGGCAGCGCCGCCAGCAUUCGGUGCACGCCCUACCAGCGUUCCGGCGCCCCAAUUUUCUAGUCCCGCUCCGGCAAUGUUCCAGCAGCAAAGCCAGCAGCAGCAGCACCGUGUGGUUGAAAGUCUCAUGAAGCGUAGCAUAAGCGUGCCGGGCGUACCGUCCGGCGGCGAGCGAACGUUUGGCGGCGAUCUCAAAACACAACAACCGGUCGGCUCGAAGGUCGCCAUCCCGAAGCUGGACGAUGAGAGCUUCGGCUCGUUCUUCGGGAAGGUGGCGAACGGUGCGACGGCGAGCAGCACGGCCACGACCGGCAGCUUUAGCAGCAGCCUCACCAGCAGCAGCAGUAUGAUGAGUAGCAGCAGCUCCAACGCCGAGGUUACGUUCGGUGAUCUCGACACACUCAAGACCAGCGGCGAGAAGCUGUCGCACAAGAAGGUGGUACAGGGGCCGCGGGGCCGCCGGGCCAUGUCGCGCAAUCCGCUCAAGACGCUGGCCGCCCGGGACGACCUGCAGACGGAGUACACCGAGAUAAGGACAGGCAUCGCCGACAAGGAGAUGCGCCGACUUAAACUAGAAGCAAUUGCCAAAAGUAGCAAUCUGGCCGUAGAAGCGCUAGCCGGCUUAGCGUCCGUUGAGGAUUUCAAAUCGGUCAGUCUCAAGUCUAGCUCGCUGCCGCUGAAUCAGUCGUUUGUCCCGCACAAACCGCUGAUGUUGCUGCAGGUGAAGGGCCGUCGGCACGCGCAGACGCGCCUGGUGGAACCGGCCGCCCGCUCGGUCAACCGGGGCGAUUGCUUCAUCCUCGUCACCGCCGACCGGCUGUUCGCCUUUCUCGGCCAGUACGCGAACGUGAUCGAGCGGUCGCGCUGCAAGGAAAUCUGCGAGCAGAUCGUGCGCGACAAGGACCUGGGCUGCAGUGCGGCCAGCGUGACGCUGCUGAACGAUGGGGGUGCGACGGCCGGCCGGCAGGCGCGCGACUUUUGGGCGCUGCUGGGCCGCGGGCAGGAGGACGAGGGCGUGUGCGAUUCGGGGCACGCGGACGAGGACGAGCUGUUCGAGGCGUGCCUGAUCGAGACGAACACGGUGUACGAGUACGGGGAGGAGUCGCUCGUGCCGGUGGAGGAGUACUGGGGCGCGAUACCGAAGAUAGCGAUGCUGGACCCGCGCAAGGUGCUGGUGUUUGAUUUCGGCUCCGAGCUGUACGUGUGGAGCGGCAAGAGUGCGCCGGCGGAGAGCAAGCGGGCGGCCCUGCGGCUGGCCCAGGAGCUGUACGGCGGUGGGUACAGCUACGAGGAGUGCCAGCUGAGCCCGCUCAACUUUGCCGAGCUGGCGGGCGAUCGGCAGCGGGAUGCAAGGCGACUGUCCAAAGCGGGCAACAGCCGGCCGGAGUGGUGCCUGAUCGCCCGCGUCACCCAGCACAUGGAGACGGUGCUGUUCCGCGAGAAGUUCCUCGACUGGCCGGACGUGACGGUGCAGUUCCGGGACGAGUACGGCGGGGAUGGAGCGUCCCCGACCGGGCUCGAGAUACGGCCGCUGGACGGCCCGGAGCUGUACGGGCGCGCCGAGCCGUACCAGGAGCCGAACCUGGUGCUGGAAAACUCCAACCUCGGGCGGGGCGACUUCUACUACGACCAGGACUCGAUGCGCCACUUCGAUGUGCGCACCACGUCCGUGACGCAGUGGGAGAUUGACGAGUACGAGUACAAGGAGAUCGAUGGGACGUCGCGCGGCCACUUCUACGCCGACGAAAGCUACACCGUGCGCUGGAUGUACCAGAUCAGCGUGACGGUGCGCGAGCUGAGCGGCAAGGUGUCGAACCGCAGCACGGUGGUCGGUCGCGACCGGUGCGCCUACUUCUGCUGGCACGGCCGGGACGCGUCGGCGAACGAGAAAGGGGCGGCGGCACUGCUAACGGUCGAGCUGGACAAGGAGAAGGGUGCACAGGUGCGUGUGGCGCAGGGCCAAGAGUCGGCCGCCUUUCUGCGCCUGUUCAAGGUGAUGUUCGUGCAUCGCAGCAAGCGCGUGGCGAAGGCGGGCUGGCGCAUGUACAUGAUUACCGGCAACUUCCCGGAGGAAACGAUGUGCACGGAGGUGGACGGUUGCAGCAUGCGGCAGCUACGUUCCCGUGCCACGAUGCUGCUGGUGCAUGGCGAGCGCGGUCGGGUGCUACUCUGGCAGGGCUGUAAGGCACUGCCACACGCGAAGGAAGUGGCCGCAAACGUGCUGCGCGUAGUGCUGGACCAAAAGUGUCCCGAACUGUUCGACGAAACGCUGUCCAAUCUUUCCUCGGCCGUCGUGGAGGAAGGUCACGAGACGGACGAGUUCUUUGAUGCGGUCGGAGGGCAGAACAGGCAUCACUAUCACAGCCUGCUCGGGUCGGAGCAGUGUUACGACUUUACGCCACGCAUUUUCCACCUGACGAGCAUCAACAAUGGCAACUUUGAGGCGACCGAGCUACAGUGUGCGCUGCGUGCGAAAGACCGCCCCACGGCGUACCCGUUCCGGCAGGAGGAUCUUUACAGCGCCCGUCAGCCAACGAUCUUCCUGAUCGAUAAUGGGCACGUGCUGUGGCUGUGGCAGGGCUGGUGGCCGGCGGGCGACGAGUCGGGCAGCGACAGCGGCGCCGGCGGCGAGACGAACCACAGCAGCUUCGACAGCAACCGGUCGGGCGAGAACCGGUGGCAGGUGGAGCGGCGGGUCGCAAUGGAGACGGCCGUCUCGUACUGGAAGGCGAAACAGCGACAGGCAGGUGUGGGCGAACGCGUGACGAAUGGCAACGGGCAUGCGAAUGCUACUACGGCGACCACGACGACGGCGGAUGAGAAUGGAAACGAUGAGCCGCAGGGGGUCGAUGAGGUCGAUGCCAAGCCGACGACGGACCGGCAGCAGGAGCAUCACCGGGUGGAGCCGCCGUCGACUACUGCUCCGGGUGACCACGUGCAUGGGUUCGUCGUCUGGGCCGGGCUGGAACCGCUCGAAUUCAUUGCCAUGUUCCCGGAGUGGACCGAACGGGACGAUGUCGCAGAAAUCAAUGUGCAGGAUGGUCGUAAAUCGACACCGCAACCCAUCUACGACAGCCUGUCGCUGCUGUCCCGCAAAGAGUACCCGCUGGCCGUGCUGCUCGAACGCCCGCUGCCGGAGGGCGUCGAUCCGACCAAGCUCGAGCUGUACCUGCACGAGCUCGACUACCAGGAGGCGCUCGGGCUGAGCAAGCAGGAGUACGAUCAGCUGCCCGCCUGGAAGCAGACGAAGCUGAAGAAGGAGCGCGGUUUGUUCUAAUAAACACACCCUGUCGGACAAAAAAAACGGAGAAGGGAAAACGCCAUACAGAUACAGAGGGCGGACAGAUAGGAAGGAAGUAGGAAUGAGACAGGAAAGCGAAUACGAUUUGAGCCAGUUUCGAGGGUUUUGUGUUCGUCCGAGGAUCACGUGUUUCAAAAUUGCAGGGGGUGAAGGCUCUGCUCUAAUGAUAUUACUAAGGUAUUUUUUUCGUUUUCUUUUGAGUUGUUAUUUUGUGUUUCUUUUCGGUUUUGUUUUGUUUGAGCAAGAUAAAUUUAGUAGCAAAUUUUGAAACUCCCCUCUCUGUGAGCCGCCCAUAGAAGUAGCGUCAUUCUCUCUUCUUCUUUUUUGCUUAAGUUUUACCGAUGUGUACCACUAAAGGAUAAAGAUGUACGUGUGCUGUGCGUGUGAUUUUGUGUGCUUGUGUGGGUUGAGCUUUCCAACGGCCAAUCCAAUCGAGGAAAGAGAGAUAGAGAGAGAUAGAGGAAAGAGGAAGGUCGUGCUCUAGUUCAUUGAUGUUGUGUUCGUUUUGUUUUAAUAAUUUAAAAAUAUAAAACCGUUUAUUUUAUUCCUACCAACACAACCAUCUGUGUCGCAAGGAACGGGCGUUAAACGGUGUAAAUGGCGCCGUAAUGAGAAAGGCUUGGAGGUGGUAGUGUGCUGUAGAGAGGGACCCGUAAGAAGAUGUUCAGAAAAGGCCCAGUAGAUUGAGUUGAGGGUUUUUGAGUUUUCAUAUCCUAUUUUCUUCCUUGCAGUGCCUCACACGGAGGAGUGCGCGAUUGUGCUACUUGUAGAUAUGUGAUUUUCUUUCCCCCCCUAUAUUCAAUCGUUACAUCUUGCCACCUUUUUUGUUAGUUUUGUGGUUUUGUUGUGUAAAGGGUGUUAACCACCACCCUCUCUCUCUCUCUUUGUUUUCCCGAUGGUGCUUUUAGUUGCUGAGUAGUGUUGGUUUUAAGAAGAACGACAAGGUUUGUGUUAAUUUUAUUUAUCCAAUUUCUCGGAACACCGAACAUGGAUCGAUGGAUUUCUUUACAUUUAAACGUGCAUGAUGAUGUUACGGGGCAGGAAACGACGCAAAGAGGCAUGGAAAUAGCUUGUACUUAAGUAGGGACUAGCCGAAGCCCCAGGACAGGACGGGAAAGGGUUGUUGGCGGUAGUAUCGUGUGGUCGUUGAUUUGAAAAAAAAAAAGCAAACGAAAUUGAUGUCUUUUAAGACGAAGAAAUGCCGGAGAAACAUAAUCAAUUAAUCGUGUCGUGUAUACAGUUUUCUUAUAUAGUUUUUAAACAUCCCCUCCCCGCAUUAUAGUCAAAUGUGCGCUGGCGGCGUGUCUCUACUAUUACUACUACUACUAUUACUAUUACACGAUAUCAUUAUUGUUUCCUACUUUCAUUCGUUUGGGUUUUUUUUUGUUUUAUCUUUAACUAAGUGCAGCGUGAACUCUAAACUGUAUGUGUUAGUACACCUUGAACGAAGCAGAAAAAAGAAAAAGAAGAAGAAGAAGAUUUCAUUACGAUGCCGAACAAAGCAUGAUAACAAAAAACGAAGGAAGAAGCCCCGCGCGUUUACCGAAUGUGAAUUUUGUAGUUUGUAAUUGGGAAACGACAGGCUGGUGGGAGGGAAAGAAUUUGAGCGAGAGAGAGAGAGAAAGAGAAGCAAACCCAACAUAUUAUACACGUACAUUUAUAUAUAACUUAUACAAGAAAAAAUCAAGCUAAAGCUAAAAAACCACCAUUAUACCUACCAUACACCCCACCACAUGCGGUCAUUUCGGUCACACAUUUAGCGAGAACGAACACGAAUAUUGCGGGCACACACGCGGUGAUGAUAGCAAGGACACGCUGAGUUAUUAGAGUGCGCGUGUGUGUGUGUGUUGUCGGUAUAUUUUUGUAAAGGUGAAGAGAUAAGGCGAAACUAAACCCCCGACACACAACACUGGCGCUGUGUUUGUAUAGCGGCACAGCCGGAACCGGUUCGCACAGAGAGAGUGAGGAUGGUUGAACGCUGCUGAACGCCGCGCGCCUUUGUUCGAAGCACACACUGCAGUGGUAGUAGUAGGCCAUGGAAGCAGGUGUAGUGUGCACUUGUCAGUCAAUUGAUGAGUUCAGUUUCGGCUGCUGCUGCUGCUGCCGAUCGACGCCCUUUUACGUUUAGUGCAAUAGAGUUUAUCCUUCCUGCGAGUACGCCUUUUUUUCUUACCGCGCGUGUCGUGCCGUCAUCAUUAUUUCUACCAAAAUUUUGCGCUUGUAUGUGUGUUUGUAUGUGCGUAUGAAAAGCCGCGUGCGUGUGUGUGUGUGUGUUUUGUACUGAGAUUUGACUUUGACGUGGUGUGCACAACAGCAUAUCAUCCCACUCUUCAGUCCCCGUUCUCCACUUGAUUAUGGCGUUCCAAAAUGGAGCCGUUGGAUUUU